AGUCGGUGCCAAGCCUGUCGUGAAUAGUGUGCGCGUCGAUCUUGUGCGCGUUUUCGCCGGCGACUCCCGAGCGGUGGCGAGGGAUGCGCAACGGGUUGGACCAUGGAGUAUUACUCUAGGGACCCAGGGAUCGCAUAUCAUGUGUCGUCCUUGGAUCGGUCGCAGAAUGGCUUCGGAGGCGGAUGCAAAGUACGUCGACUUCUUCUAAGGGUUACCAACCCUAAGAAUUAUUCUUUCCCUAGCCCGGAAUUCCUCUCUGCCUCCAUCACAAGGCUGCAAGAGACCCAUUUUUUGGGUAAUCAGGUCAAGUUCUAA